UUACGUCUAUUUAUGUUGUGAUUUUGAGAGAACUUACGUGGACUUGGUAUGGUGUGUAAGCUGAAGAUGAGGAGGAGGAUGAUGAAGAUGGAGGACGUCUGGGGGUUUAAGUCAAACCGGACUUACUGGACGUUGUUUUUUCUGUGCGCUCUCGUGCCGUUCCCCGCGCACGCAGAUCUCACUUGCUCUUCGUGCUUCGCGCCAAUUACAAUGCCGCUGAAACGCGAGCCACAGGCGCACGCAAAGGAACAAGUGAAGCCAAAGGCUUUUAUCAACCACCAAUUUGCAAGUGUAACGGUCGACAGUAACGUGAAAAGCAGGAUAUGGGGGCUGGAUGGAGCCCAACUUUCCCCUGAAGCGCACAGAGACUCUCCUUCGCCGUUCUGGAGACAGAAACUGGAGAAAGCGACCACAUCCCAAGCGGAGAGGACCGGUCCAACUAAAGGAAAAGACGGAAAGGUUUAUUCAACAUCGUUUCCAGAGGAAACCAAAGUUAAGAGAAAGGAAAAGCGCAGUCUGUUUCCCUAUGACCGCGAGAAAAGUGUUAACGGUUUCCAGGAUGCGGCCUCUCCUCGGUUCGAGCUCAGGCGCACCGGAGUUGCUGACGGCACCGGCAGAGGUCCGAGGCAGGACGAGCCACACCUGGUCACGUCCACCUUCGCGCUGUCUGGAGAUGCUGCUCAUAAUCAGGCCAUGGUGCUAUGGUCCGGAUACAACAGCAGUGUGAUCCUGAUUCUGACUAAAUUAUUUGACUUUAACCUCGGAACUGUGACAGAGAGUUCGCUCUGGAGGUCUGUAGAUUUUGGGACGACUUACGAGAAGCUAACUGACAAAGUGAUGGGCCGAACGAUGCUGAGCUAUUUGUAUGUCUGUCCGACCAAUAAGAGGAAGAUUCUGAUUUUAUCUGAUCCGGAGGUGGAGAGUAGUUUACUUAUCAGUUCUGAUGAAGGAGCGACUUUUCAAAAGUUUAAUAUUAACUUCUAUAUCAUGAGUCUUCUGUUUCACCCUACGCAGGAGAAUUGGAUACUAGCCUAUAGCCACGAUCAGAGGCUGUACAGCUCGGUGGACUUCGGAAAAAAGUGGAUUCUUGUUCAUGAGAGAGUAACUCCGGGGCGAUUCUACUGGGCACUGAGUGGUCUGGAUAAAGAGGCAGACCUGGUGCACAUUGAGGCCCGAACUGACAAUGGACAAAUGCAGUAUAUUACCUGCCGAGCACAGAAGUGUUCAGAGGAGGGAAGGCAGUAUCCAUUCAGUGGCCGAAUCGACACCAACUCCCUGGUUGUGCAAGACCAAUACAUCUUCCUACAGCUAACCACUGCAGGUAGAACCACAUACUUUGUGUCCUAUCAUCGAGGGCCCUUCAGGACCAUACAGCUCCCUAAAUACUGUCUACCCAAAGACAUGCAUAUUAUCAGUACAGAUGAGGGGCAGGUGCUGGCAGCUGUACAGGAGUGGAAUGAAAAUGACACCUACAGUCUCUACAUCUCUGACACACCAGGAGUCUUCUUCACCCGCUCACUCCCAAACCUCCGCACCUCCCGCGGGCUCGCAGGAAACCUCUUUGUAGAUGUGUAUAAGGUGUUGGGUGUUAGUGGGCUGAUCAUAGCCAAUAAGAAAGAAGACACGCAAAUGAAAACUUACAUCACCUACAACAAAGGCCAGACAUGGAGCUUACUGCAGCCUCCAGCAAAAGACGUAACAGGACAUGACAUCAGUUGCAACCUGCCAUCAUGCUCCUUGCACCUUCACCUGCAGAUGUCUGAAAACCCCUACAUACCUGACACUAUCUCCACCAAACAGUCCGCUCCAGGGAUUAUAGUGGCCACAGGUAACAUUGGGCCUGAGCUCUCUUUUUCUAAUACAGGAAUGUUCAUUUCCUCUGAUGCUGGCAACACCUGGAGACAGAUUUUUGAAGAAGAGCACAGUGUGUGGUUUUUGGACCACGGAGGGGCUUUAUUAGCUGUUACACAAUCAGCAGUACCGACUCGCCAUUUAUGGAUAAGUUUGGAUGAAGGACUAAAGUGGGAUAGACUCAGCUUUUCAUCUACUCCCCUAUUUGUUGACGGGGUUUUGAUGACUCCAGAGACUGAAAAUUACAUCAUUACAUUCUUUGGGCACUUUAGUUACCACUCCGACUGGCAGCUGAUAAAGAUUGACUACAGAUCCUUGUUUGGGCGGAAAUGCACUGACGGAGACUUUCAGACAUGGCACCUGCAUAACAAGGGUGAGGUGUGUGUGAUGGGAGAAAGACAGGUGUAUAUGAAGAGGAAGCCUGGCACACACUGUACUCUAGGUCGGAAGUAUUCUCGAGUCAUUUCAGCUGAGCCCUGCAUCUGCACCCUCUAUGACUUUGAGUGUGAUUAUGGAUUUGAGAGACAGACCAGUGGCAAAUGUGCACCUGCAUUCUGGUAUGAUGUAAAUUUACCCGCACACACCUGCAGCCAUGGUCAGCGCUACCGCAACAGCACAGGGUACAGGAGGGUGUUAUUGAAUAACUGUAGAGAGGGUCUGAAGGAUACACUGAGUCCCAGAAUGCAACAGUGCAAGCCCAUUGCUCCCACUGGCUUACAACUGUUCACCAGCAACUCACAACUCACCGCUGUACUGGGAACCAACAUAACAUUCAAAGUAACACUACAAAAUGGUGACUCCUUGCCUACAAGUCUCCAUGUGGACUUUGGAGACGGGAUCUCUGUGUCAUACUCCAACAUCAGUCGCCUUGGUGAUACCAUCACCCACACGUACAGGGUCGCUGGGAUAUUUAGGGUCACUGCACGUGCUCAGAAUAGCCAGGGGUUUGACAGCAGCUCAGUCUAUCUUCACAUCACUAGUCCCGUGGAGCGUAUUUUUCUCUCAGCACCAGUGGUCGUUAUCAGAGGAAGAGAGGCCAACCUGACAGCAGUGCUGUGGCCCAGUCAGUCCAGGACUGCUACCUUCUACUGGUGGUUCAAUAACAACACAGAGCCACUGAUCACGCUGGAAGGGAAUGUCUCACACACAUUCACGCGGGAGGGAACUAACUCUGUCACCGUACAGGUGUCUGCAGGAGGUACAGUACUACAGGAUGUUAAAACCAUCACUGUCAAAGAGUUCUUCCGUUCUUUAUUGCUGUCGUUCUCAUCUAACCUAGAAGAGCACAACCCGUCAGUCACCGAGUGGAGACAGGAUGUGGGGCGUGUUGUCAGGGCAACGCUCUCUCAGGUUUGUGGCUUCCCUGAGGACCAGUUGUUGGUCUCUGUGUUUCCUGGAUCUCCAACAGCCGCUGAGCUCUUUAUUCUAUCAGAGACGAACCAGUCGGCAUUCAGAUCACACACAGAGGAACAGCUUGAUAAGAUGUCCGAGGUGCUCAUGAACGCUUUAAAUCAGAACCUGAUCCAGUUUGAUCUGAAGCCUGACACACGAGUCAUUGUGUCUGUGUCUCAGCUCAGUCUGGCACCUCUGGUGGACUCCAGUGCUCUGUCCAGUGGUUCUGCCAUGCUGUUACUGGUUUCUCUGGGCCUGGUGGGGUUAGCCAUUCUUUUCAUCUACAAGUUCAAACGUAAAAUUCCAUGGAUCCAUGUGGAAACAGAGGACACUCAUGAGAAGGAGCCAGAGAUGAUCAGUACCGUCGGACAGGAGAAAAACGGCACACAUACGCCACCCACCUCAUUCCCGCCAUGCAGCACACACGUCAAACACACGCAGUUUCCCUCAAAUACCACAACACACAACAGCUUUAGCCAUCUGCCACCUCCCAGAGAACUGAUGGAAAAAGAACUGGAGGCUCACAACACAGGAAGCCUUGGGGUUGGAGAGAGGCUACGGACCAGACACAUUCCAAACUGCACCAAUGUCUGAAAUUAUGAAGAAAGGUUUGAUGAUGAAAUAUCAUAAUUUCAUAGAGGCUUCAAGGAGCUGUCAGUUGUGUUAGAUGUAAUUACUGUACUCUUUCCUUAAAGGAAUUAUUCACCCAAAAAUGAAAAUCCUGUUAAUGUUUAAUAUCCCUAAUGUUGUAGGGGGCCUGGGUAGCUCAGUGGUAAAGACCCUGGCUACCACCCCUGGAGUUCACUAGUUUGAAUCCCAGGGCAUGCUGGGUGACUCCAACCAGGUCUCCUAAGCAACCAAAUUGGCCCGGUUGUUAGGGAGGGUAGAGUCACAUGGGGUAACCUCCUCGUGAUCGCUAUAAUGUGAUUCGUUCUUGGUGAGGCGCGGUGGGUGGCGUGAAGCUUCCACACACGCUAUGUCUCUGUGGCAACGCGCUCAACAAGCCAUGUGAUAAGAUGCGUGGGCUGACAAUCUCAGACGCAGAGACAACUGGGUUUCCUCCGCCAUCCGGACUGAGGCGAAUCACUACGUGACCACAAGGACUUAAAAGCACAUUGGGAACUGGCCAUUCCAAAUU